AUGGAGUUAAAGCGGUGGCUUGAGGAGCUUGUGAAGGUUGAAGACUCGGACCUGGCGGCUCUAGAGACCGUGCUUUGCGGCGCACAUCCUGGCGGAUUCGACGCUUACCUGGAGGAGCUCGAGGCGGAGCAAGGCGCGUCGCAGUGCAACGUGGUGUGGACGUACGGCGCGAUCGCGUAUCGCUGCCGCGACUGCCAGAUCAACGACGCCAGUGCCAUCUGCGUGAAGUGCUUUCAGGAGGGGGACCACCGUAAUCAUGACUAUGUGAUGUACCGCAGUGAGUCAGGCGGCUGCUGUGACUGUGGCGAUCCUUCCUCCUGGAAUCCCAAGGGUGCUUGCAAGCGCCACCGCCACCAGGAGCACUCAGCAGACACACCCAAACCGCUGCCCGGGAAUCUCGGGCAGGUGACUGAAACAGCAGUGGCAGCAGUGGUGGCGCAGCUGGUGCUGCAGGUGGGGAAGGCGGUGAAAUCCCCACUGCAACCCCCCCGGGACCUGCUCAAGCUGAUUGCGUGGCUCGACAAGAUCUCGCAUGCAGCAGGCAUAAGAGACAUAGUGUGUGCGUGCAUGGCGGCAUCCCUUCCUCCGAAAGUGCUAGCUGCUGUAAACCAAAUGGGCGUUCUAGGGAGCACUGGGAGCCUUGGGAGCAUUGGGGUGACAGGGAACAUUGGGAGCAUGGGGAGCACAGGGAGAAUUGAGAUUGAAGGGGCAGAAGGAGGGGCAGGAGGAGGAGCAACAGCAGUAGCAGCAUUAGCACCAACAGAAGCAACAGCAACAGCAACAGCAGCAGCAGCAGCAGCAGCAGCAAGUGUAAGCAGAGGAGCAGCAGCCACAGCAGCAGCCUCCCUCUCCCUUCCUCCUCCUCUUCCUUCUCCCUCCACACCCUCAGCCGUCCAACUCCUCCUAGAAACCCUCUCAGCGAUGGCAGAGGAGGUGGUGACACAGGAGGCGACGCUCUUCCUGCUGCUGCUCUACUCGCCCGCCUUUAAGAACGUCUUCUCAGCGCUGCUCAUUCGCCAGUACCCACUCCUCGUGCUCUCCGUGCUUCCGGAUCACAACCCCUCCGCCCGCUUCAUCAAAAUCGAAAAGGCUCUGGACCGAGUGAUGGUACAGCUGUUCAACAUACCCGAGGUCACCAUGCACUGGGUGCUCUCAGGGGACCUCCUCCACCUCUUCGUCUCUGUCUUCUGCCGAGUCAUACAAGCCGCCAAAUCGCCGACAGGGAUGCUGAAUUGUGAGAGUCCCAUCAUCUGGCCUCGGGAAACAGUGAUGCAUGGCAAUCUGCAUCCGCUCUACUCACGCCCGCUGCACGACAUGCGCCUCAUCUUCUCCCACAUGCCUGUCGUCAACUACCUCCUCACUCAGCGCCUCGAUUGUCUAGCUGACCUGCUGCUUACGCUCUCGCUGCUACAGGGCAUGAACCCGUACGUGCGCUUUGAGUAUGGCGACCCUACUGAAGGCACCCGGUGGACUAAAGCCGUCACUCUGGAGAUGUUGGUGAUUGGUCUUAUCGACACCAUCACAGAGCGCUACACCGCCUCCCCCUCCACCCUCCCCACCACCAUCCUCGCCCCACCUGCUGGGAACACUGGAGGAGCGGCAGAUGCAUCAGGAGGGGAGGGGCGAGGAGGGGCGGCAGGAGAGGGAGGAGUGGAUGCGGAGCAUGCUCUGCUGAAUGGGGCACGGAUUGCACUGCAGGCCCUGCUGGCUUGGCUGGUCAAGAAUCAGAUCAAGGCGGAAGAUACAGGGAGCAAGUCAGUCGCCAUGUCGCUGCACCUGCCGCUGCAUCGCAUUCUCUCCCUCUUCUUCGCCUCCCUCGUUCACAUUGCUGCUCACACUGUGCCUUCUACUGCUGCUGCUGCCGGUGGUGCUGCUGGUGUGGCUCGUUCUGGCAAUGGUGAUGGGGGCGAUGGGUCAGGGCCAGCAGCAUCAGUGGCUCAUUUGCGCCGACUGCUGCCACUUAACAUGCGCAGAGAGGUUCUGGCUAUGGCGGAACAUCCGCUUCGCCUCUUCGCCUGGAUGGCUCAGAUUCGAGCGCGCGAGUGGCACUACCAGGGGGAGGACUUAAGCAAGCUGGAGCGCGUGUAUCGGGGGGGAUACUGGCCCGCUGCCAUGGACCUCGACCUGCUGCUGCUGCAGCUCGUCUCGCUAUUUUCAAAUGAUUCCCCUGCUGCUCUCCUCGCCUCAGCUGUGAAACACUUCACUCUUCAUGACACCUUCAGCAAAACCAUCCAAUGCGCUUCUGCCACGUCAUCAUCCUCGUCAUCUGCCCCCCCAAGUGCUGACUGGACAGCAGCAGAGCUCAGCCGAUUGGCUGAUCUGCUCAAGCUUGUCCUGCUGAUCAUUCGAGACCCCAAGCACACGGGUUUCCCAGAGGACUAUGUGUUGCGGUACCAUGUGAUCCAGUGGCUUGCAGUGCGUGACCGCACUCACAGCGAUCUCUCGCAACAACUUGGUUCCUCUCUUGCCAGUCUACCGCACCUCAGUGCGGUCCUCCAAGACGUGGCAGAGCACCACGUGCCCAGGCGCCUGCAGCAGCGCGGCUACUUCCAGCUGAAGCCCGCCUGCUGGGAGGAGUUUGACCCACUCUUCCCGCAUUACUCGCUUUCAGAGCUAGAGGAGGCUCAGGAGCGGGCAGAGAAGCUGGCGCCCAAGGUGCGCUUCUGGCGAGUGCAGUGCCCGCAGCGACAGAUGGCGCCGUUUGAUAGGCUGCCAGACAUGGCUCACACCGAGCCAUGCCACAUUGUGGUGCGCUGUGCUGUUGCGUGCGCCGCCCACCUGCUCGCCUCCCGCAACCCAGCCCACAGCACGCAAGCAGAAAACAUCGCUCUCCUUGCCACACAGCUCGUGACUGUCGCUGCUACUGAUGCCAGGUCCAACCCAAGCUGGCUGUGGAAGGAAGCUAUGGUGCUGGGCGCAACAGUCUCCUCCUCCCCUUCCCGGCCUCCCCUGUAUCCCCCCGGCUUAUAUUCGACCAAGAAACCUGGCAGCAGUGGGAGCAGUGGUAGCGGUGGCAGUGGUGGGAGUGGGGGCGGUGGGGAGAGUGAGUGGGAUUCAGAGCGGUUGCAGUCUGUCAGAUCCCGUUCCUCUGGCGCUGCUGCUGAUGAUGAAGAUGAUGAUGUUGCGUCACCAUCUGCUGCAGAGGGUGACGAUGCAGCAGCAGCAGCAGUCAUAUCGUGCUUACCCUUCGGUGGGGAUGCACGGGGAGCAGCAGGCGCCAGGGCAGGUGGCAAGGGCAAGGGGCGGAUCUCGCCCUUUGACUCGCUUCCGAACGUGUUUAUCUCCCUUAAGAGCAUACUUCAGAACACAGAUAACCAUCGUCUCAAGGACGCCAUAGAGCAUGUGAUCUCGUUGCUCAUGACCCGACUCAACCUGCGACCACAUGAGGCACCAGGGGAGUCCAAGGCAGAGCAACCUGGGUCUGCUGCAGCAGGAGCAGGAGAAACUGCAGCAGGCACGGUAGCAGGAGGAGCAACAGGAGCAGGUGCAGCAGCAGCAGCAGCAGAAGCAGGGGGCCUGUCGCGGGCGGCUGGAGGAGGGAUGGGGUCGGAUGAGGCGAAGCGGCAGCAGAAGAGGCAGCGGCAGGCUGCUAUCAUGGCUCAAUUCGCUGCUAAGCAGAGCGCGUUUGCCAAGAUGCUGGCAGCAGCAGACGAUGAUGAAGAUGAUGAGAUGGAGGAGGGGAGGACGAGAGAGACGAAGGUUGGUAGUGACAGGGGUGGAGAUGGUAAUCAAAUGGGUGAGCAGCAAGGUGACGUAGGGCGGGGGGGAUUGGAAGGGGGCGGAAUGGGUGGUGCAGGGAGGGAAGCUUCGCGGAGCAGGAAGAGAGGGCAGGCAGGGGGGAACAAUGAGGCGGGGCAAGCAGAUGGGGAGGAUAUGGAGGUGGAUGGGGGACCCGAAGGAAGUGAGGGUGGAAAAACUGGUGUGCAGGGUGCAGGAGGUGUGGGUAGGAUGGAGAAAGGAAAAGGCAAGAUGGAAGAGGGGGGGAGAGGGGAGGGUGCGGGCAUAGCAGCACCACUGGGAGGUGCAGCAGCAGCAGCAGUGGCAGCGGGUGGUGGUGUGAGGAAGGCGAGGAUAGCGCCAGGGUCUCUUGCUGCUUUCACUUCCUUUGAGCCCGACCUGUGUGGUUUCUGUCAUGCCGAGUGUCGCCCCACCCCAACAGCCCCCAUUGGGUGGGUGGCUCUCGCGCAGCCGUACAAGCUCCCUGCGAUCAUGCACUCCCGCGCUCAGCGUAUCACCCCCGCUGCUGCUACUGCUGCCGCAACUGCCGCAGCUGCCGCUGCUGCUCCUACCCUUUCUCCUCCUGCUGGUGCUCCUGCUGCUGCUGCUGUUCCCGAGCCGAGAAAAGAACAGGAAAGGCCUGCUGCUGCUUCUGAGGCAGCAGAAUCGAGUUCGGGGCUGAACAAGCAUGCAGCAGCAGCUGCAGCAGCAGCAGAGCAGGGGCAUACCACAGUGCAACCUGCAGCAGGAAAUGCGAGUGCCAGGGCAGAAGCUGCAGGGAAUGCGAGUGAUAGAGCAGCAGGGGAAGUGGAGUGGACAGUGGAGGUGCAGGUGGAGGGUGCUUUGGACACGCAGGUCACAUCUCACAUCCGCUGCUGUGGCCACCAGAUGCAUUUCGAGUGCUACAACCAGUACAUGUCAGCUCUGGUGGACAGGGACCGAGCGGAUCGGCCGUACGAAGGCCGUGGGCUGAUAGACUUGGCACGAGGCGAGUUCCUGUGCCCUGUGUGUCGCCGCCUCGGCAACCUGCUGCUGCCAGACGUCAGGAUGACUCUGCCCCUCGCCAACCCUCCACCUUCCUCUGAGGCGCUUCCAAAACCGACUUCUACUGCCGCUGCCGCUGUUGUUGGUGGUGGUGGUGGUGAUGGUGCAGCUGCUGGGUCUAAUUCUGGUGCUGGCGCCUCUGUGGUCAAGAAAUCAAGCUCAACCAGACAAGAAAGGGAGACUCAGAGCCUUAAGAGGGUGUUGGAGCGGUUGAGAGUGUUAAAGAGGUGUGUGGAUGAGGAGAGGGAGGAGGGGCAGUGGGAGGAGCGGCAGCAGGUGUGGUGGACUCGCUUCUGGCUGACCAGCACCGCUAUGAGCGGCUUCCUUGUCAUCUUCUGCAGCCAGAACUCCAUGAUCCGUCUGCUGCCCUCGCGCUCAACCUCUCCUGGAUACGUCUGGAAGUCCGUGUGGGAACUGCUCGCUCUCAACAUCGUGCAUCACGAGGUGGAGACAAGACACGCCGCCCUGCAGGCCAUGGCCACUGCUACAGCCGCUACAUCCGCCACAACCCCUGCUGCAGAUGCCUCGGCUGCUCCUCCUUUGUCUUCUGUGGAAGCAGCAGAAGCAGCAGCAGCAGUGGCGCGAGCAUGUGUGGGUGAGGGGUCGGACAAGGGCCAUGAGAUGGCCCUGGAUGGGCUGGCGCACCUGGCUCUGCUCACCAACACCAUCAUGGCAGCAGCCCCGGUGGUGGAUCACCAGUGCACGAGUCUGUUCAAGUGGUUGCAUCUUGAACCGGAGGAGGAGGAAGACGAGAAGGACAGGGCAGGUAGCAGCAGGAGAGCGGGGAGAGGAGGAGGAGGAGGGGGCAACGGGAAAAAGGGACAACCCAGGAAGGGGAAUGGGGAGAAAGAGGGGAAUGAGGCGAAAGAGGGGAAAGAAAGGAAAGAGGGAGAAGAUGUUGGGAAGUCUGUGGCACAAGAGGUUGGGAGUAAGAAAGACGAGGAUGAGGAAAUGAGAGGUGAAGAGGAGGAGAGGGAAGGAGAGAAGGCGGAGUGCGAACAGGAGGAGGAGGGAAGUGAUGGGUUUGAGUGGGAGGGGGUGCAAGAGGGAUCAGGGGCAAUUGGCAGUGGAGGGCAGAGGUUGGGAGAGGCGUCUACUCCGGUGGCUGUGCCCUCAAGCGUUCGAGAGGCUAUGGUUCGAUUUGGCGGGAUGGGGGGGGCUGGGGAGGAGGGGAUGGUGGGAAAAGGACGAGCAGGACGGAGAGGAGGAGGUGAAGGAGCAGGAGGAAGUGGGGGAGGAGAAGUAAGGGGAGGGAGGAGGAGAGGGGGACGGAUGUCGUUUCCUAUGCAUGGUCUCGGGGGUGGUAGUGGGGAUGAUGAGAGUGAGGAGGAGGAUGAGGAGGAGGAGGAUGAUGAAUGGGAAGAAGUGGAGGAGAGUGAGGAGGGAGGGGAUGAAGAGCUGCUGCAAGCAUUGAUGGCAGAGGGAAUCACACCUGCUGAGAUGGUGGCGGAACUACGAGAGCUAGAAGAAGAGUUUGGUGCAGAGGAUGAGGAGGAGGAAGAGGAGGAGGAGGAGGAGGAUCGGAUGGAUAUGGGCGUGGAUUCGAGCUGGAGUGUGCUGUUGGGGUUGCUGUCCCGGCCGGUUGUUGCUGCUGAUCCCUUUGCUGUUCUGCUGUCGCUCAUUCAGUCCAAGCAGCCCCGCCCCUCUGCUGCCACGACACAAGCCAUCCUCCUUGUCUCUUUCUGUGUGGCCAUCACACAAUCCCUCGCCGCCCUCCAGCCCUCCUCCCGCCUCCGCCCCUCCUCCCUCUCCUCCUCCUCCACUCCCUCCUCCCGUGCCUCCUCCUCCUCCCGUACCUCUGUUCCUUUCCUCGGGAUGUUUCCCCGACCCACCCCUAUUUCUGCUGCCGCUGCCGCCGCCGCUGCUGCCGCUGCUGCUUCCGAACCUGCAGGCGAGGAGUGGGCUGAGUGGGGUGUCCUGGCCUGCUGCUUGCCGUACCUCCGCCGAGCCUACAUCCUGAUUCACUACCUUGGCAUAAUGCCACUCAGAGAGCCUCCGCUUGUGGAUCACCGCAUUAAAGCAAUUAAGAAUCUGAGCCCGCAAGUGCUGCUCGCUGAUUGGCUGCGCCGCUCGCUUGCCCUUCCCUCCGUGACCGCUGUGCUUCGCCUCAUGGCUUCCGCCAACAGUGAAGCAUCAUCCAGCCAGCCGUGGCACCUCAGCCGCAUGUUUGCAUCAUGGAACCUACCAUCAGAACCACCUCGGCUGGUCAGAGCCCCCACCCAGCCAUCCUUCCACCCAUUGCCGGAGAUUUACCAG